UACAACCUCUUAAGUCCUGCCACCUUGACUUUCAUUGUAUUUCCAUAGAGAAGCAAGAUGGGGUUCACUAGUAUGAGUGAAAGUGAAGAGAAAGUCGUGCCUGAAUCUGAAAGAGCAAAGGAGCUCAAAGCUUUUAUUGACACAAAAGCUGGUGUUAAAGGACUUGUUGAUGCAGGUAUUGCUAAGAUCCCUCGUAUAUUCUAUCAUCCGCUUGAUAACUUCAAGAAAGCCUCAGAUUUAGGCUGCACAGAAUAUAUUAUUCCUGUUAUUGAUCUUGACAACAUUCAUCAAGAUUCAAGUGCACGAAAAAGGGUUGUUGAGAGAGUCAGAGAUGCCUCUGAGGCAUUGGGUUUCUUUCAGGUUAUCAAUCAUGGCAUCCCGGUGAGUUCUCUAAAUGAGAUGAAAAAUGGGGUGCUAAGGUUUUUUGAGCAAGAUAGUGAGGUCAAGAAGGAAUUUUAUACUCGUGAUAAAGAGCCCUUUGAGUACAGCAGCAAUUUUAAACUGUAUAACUCACCAACUACUUGGAAAGAUUCUUUUUUCUGCAACCUUGCUCCUAAUGCCCCUAAACCACAAGAAAUACCAUCGGUAUGCAGAGACAUACUGGUGGAAUACUCAAAUCAAGUAAUGAAACUGGGGACUUUAUUGUUUGAGUUAUUAUCAGAAGCUCUUGGUCUGAAUCCAACACACUUAAUAGAUAUUGGUUGCACCGAGGGGCUAUUUUCCUUAAGCCAUUACUAUCCUCCUUGUCCAGAACCUGAAUUGACUUUAGGAACCAUGAAGCAUGCUGAUAUAGAUUUCAUCACAGUACUUCUACAAGACCAUAUAGGUGGCCUCCAAGUUCUUCAUCAGGACAUGUGGAUUGACUUACCCCCUCUACCUGGGGCUCUUGUUGUUAACAUUGGCGAUUAUUUGCAGCUCAUAUCAAAUGACAAAUUCAAGAGUCCUCAACAUAGAGUACUGGCAAAUUAUAUAGGUCCAAGAGUCUCUGUUGCAUGCUUCUUUAGCACAGGUGUUCAUCCGUCUCAAAGGAUUUAUGGUCCCAUCAAGGAACUGUUAUCUGAAGAAAAUCCUGCAAAAUACAGGGAAACUUCAAUUUCAGAUUUUGUACUCCAUUACAACAAAAAUUAUAUGAAUGGUACUUCUCCUCUGCUGCAUUUCAGGAUUUGACGAGCGCAAUGUGGUGCAAGUGGCUAAGCUGGCUUGAGCACAAGCUUCUUGUGAAAGAAUUAAUAAAAAACUUGUGUUGAAGAGAUAAAUUGGUGUUUUUAUCAACUUAUUAAGAAUCUUGGACUGAAUUAAUAUAAA